AUCGCUACAAAUGUAUCGGUCUCUUGUUAGGGAAAUUCAAUUUUGGUACACAUCAAAGGUUGUUUUAGGGUAGGGUGAGGCACUGCGAGGCAGUGGAAUCAUUUCGGAUGGGCAAAACUUGGCAAAACAUGGAAAAAGCUCUCAUGACAAAGAUAAAAGGCUCGCUGCAGGUCAUCAACUUCUCGGACAAUCUUUGCUGGCCAAAGAAAGUCCCCUGGCUAUGCGUCUCAUUCUUGUUUUUCUGGUGACCCUGCUAGCUCACUGCCGACUCGUCUUUCUUACUUUUGCAGCACCUCUUAUGGUGCGUAAUUUUCUAUUUGUAUCCCUGAGGCAGAUCAUGAAAUCUUUUGCUCAGAUGGCUGAAGACUCAGAUUCUAGGGAGAAUCAUACCCAAAUAUUACAGAUUCGGGGACUGCCCUAUUUUAUAUCGCCAUCAUCACCGCUUUCCUCUUCAUCCUCCCAAACAUCAUCCUCGGAUUCCUCCGACUCAGAACCGUCCACACAAAACCUCGCUUCACUCAGACCGCAACAAGAACCCCCGCAGCCACAACGACUCCGAGGACCACCACCGACUCGACGACCGCUCAGACCCCUUUAUCCAGCGCCUUCACUCUCACUUCUCCCCCUCCAGAUCUUUUUCCCCCAAGCUGAAGGGGCAACAGACCCUCACAAUCUUACUACACGGAAUGCUAUCAUCGCUGUCCAGUCGUAUUUACACAGAUUACCACAAUUUCGCGAUCGUCGAAUGACGUUCAGGAACCAAUAUCUAUCAUUCGAGCGUGGCAUGGUUCACUUCAAGGCGGUGGAUUAUCACUAUAGAGGCUAUUGCAAUCCUUCUUGUGAUGGGACGGCGUAUUCAGUGAAUAUCAACGGCUCAAUUCAUCAUAAUGGUCACCUCGCUUUUAAUGGGACAGAACCCAUCGAGUUUCUCACCUUUGCGGACAUACUCCACUUUGAACCUCCGCCUUCCCGGGACUCAGGCCGCCGCCAUCGUGGCUAAAUUAAACACAGUGACAUUGUGAUGCUAAGUUUGGUGUCUUCUAGGCCCUUCUUGUGCAGGUGGGCAAAUGCAA